AUGAUUCAAUUUACCGCGCUGAGCAUGGCAGAACUGUGUUCUAGCAUGCCGACUGUAGGAGGACUACACUACGCCGCCGCGAUGUUGGCCCCAGAGGGUUGGGGACCGGCAUGCAGCUGGUUCGUGGGAUGGUCUAACAUCUUCGGCUACUUGACCGCGCCAUGCUCGUUGAAUUACGCUUUGGCCUCGAUGAUCCUGACCUGCGGCUCCAUCGCUCAUCCAUCCUACGUACCCACGAAUUGGCACAUCUACCUCCUCUUCCUCCUGCUCCUUACCAUCGAGGGUCUCGUCGCAAUGCAAUCGACCAGAUUCAUCGGCAGAUUCAACAUCUUCGGCACAGUCUUCAAUCUUCUCAUCGUCAUCAUUUUCGUCAUCUGGUUCCCGCUCGGUUCCAUCAACAUACCGAAGACCAACAGCUCUCACGACGUCUGGACCAAUUUCACCAAUGGUACUGCCUGGCCUACCCCAUGGGCGACCAUAAUGGGCUUCCUCACUGCUGCGUAUACCCUAGCAGGUUUCGACGCUCCUGUACACCUCGCAGAAGAAUGCAGCAACUCAGCCAUCGCCAGCCCGCGAGCGAUCGUCAUGGCCGCACAGUCGGGCUUGUAUCUCGGCUGGGCCAUUAUCCUGGUCAUCGCAUACACAGUCAAGGACAUUCCCGAUGUCGUAAGUGGACAAUACGGUCAACCGUUUGCCAGCCUGUGUCUGCAAGUCCUCGGAUCAAAAGCUAGUCUCGCCUUGAUCUGCCUCUCCAUCAUCGCGCAGUUCUCCGUGGCUACUGGAUGUGCCAUCACUGCGACGAGGGUCUUGUUUGCAUUCUCGAGAGAUGGUGCGCUGCCCGGUUCAAGCUGGUGGGCGAAGAUCGACUGUCGGACGAAGACUCCUGUCAAUGCUACUUGGUUGGUGGUGGCGCUCGCGGCGGUAUUGGGCGCCAUCGCACAAUACACCUCCUUCACAGCACCCGUCAUUCUCAAGCUUCUCUUUGGCCGCAAGCGUUUCGUGCGCGGACCCUGGCAUCUGGGGAUCUUCUCCAUCCCGAUCAAUAUCGCCGCAGUUUCAUUCUGGCUCAUCCUACUUCCUGCAUUUUGUUUCCCUGCUGUUGCACUUCCGGACUUGACGCUGCAGACCAUGAAUUGGACAUGCUUGAUCUACUUUGGUCCGAUGGGGUUGGUAAUGACUUGGUAUGCGGUCAGUGCUAGAAAGUGGUUCGUGGGUCCGAAGGCGAAUGUGCGGCAGGGCGAAGAUAGAGGCACAGAGGAGAAGCAGUCGUAG